AUGGGCGAGGCGGCUGUAUCGCUGGUCUGGGAGGGGUUGUGUCGCGAUGGUUGGGCGGGGUGUCUAGAUGGUCUGCCGGUUGUGUCUCUUGCUGGUCUGGGAGAGUGUCCGGGUCUGGCGGGGUGUUCGCUGGUCUGGGCGGGGCCGCUGGUUUCUGGGACGGAUGAGAGUGGGAGCGUGUCGAGUGUGGGAACGUGUCUAGCUGGUCGGGCGGGGUGUACGAUGUGGGUCGGGCGGGGUGUCUCGCUGGUUGGUAAGGGUCUCUUGGUCCGCUGGUCUGGGCGGGUGCUUCACUAGUCUGGUCGGGGUGUCCGGCUGGUCUGGGAGAGGCUCGCUGGUAUGGUGUGUGCGUGGUCUGGGAGAGUUUCAGCUGGUAGGGAGGGGGUCCGCUGGUAUUGGGCGGGGGUUACGCUGGCUGGGGCGGGGUGCGUAGCAGAUUGGUCCUCAGGCGGGGUGUCUGUUGAUCUGUUGCUCCUGUGUGAGGUGUUGGGGCUGUUGUGUGAGGGCGAUGUCCUUUAGGGUCCCGGGCGAAGGUGGGCACUGCUGCCCUGUUCGCUGCUCUGGCACCCCAAUGGUGGAACAAGCUCCCUCACGACGCCAGGACAGCGGAGUCACUCACCCACCUUCCGGAGACACUUUGAAACCCCACCUCUUUAAGGAAUACCUGGGAUAGGAUAAAGUAAUCCUUCUACCCCCCCCUUACCCCACCCCACCAAAAAAAAAAAACAUAUUGUAAAGUGGGUUAUCCCCACUGGCCAUAAGGUGAAUGCACCAAUUUGUAAGUCGCUCUGGAUAAGAGCGUCUGCUAAAUGACGUAAAUGUAAAUGUUGUAUUGGUGGACCUGGUCGUAAAGGCUGUUCCAGUCCAGGGUGGAGUGGUGGGCCAGGUAAACAUUUGGUUUUGAGGCACAGUCACGGGAAAUACUUGCGUUUACCCGCUGUAUGGUAGCAGGGUGGACGUUUUUUCGUGGUAGCAGGGUGGAGAUAACCAUUUGUGCGUUGUGGAAAGUAGAAUACGCUUUUUCAAUCAUUCCCUUGAGUGCUGUGGCCACACUUUCCUGCUGUGCUCUCAGGUCUUUUGUUCGUGUGUAUUAUUAUGUGGCUGGGUGACCCUUUUUGGUCCUCAGACAGAAGGUGUAGGGCUCGCUGGGAGGUUGACUUUCCGCUUGGGGUUGCUCGUCUGUGGGGUUGUAUAAUGAGGAGGUUUGGUCUGACACGCUCGGGGUGGGUGUAUCUUUCUCAAGAGAGAGCUUAUCCUGCUGAGCUAUCUCUUUGAUUAUGUGAAAGUCCAGCUGAAACUGUUUGGGGUUGCCCUGUACCAUUACUGUUCCAGACUUAUACAGGUUGACUUUGGCUGACUCAGAGUCCUCGUUGUCUACUAUCCUGAGUUUCCACCCAUCGCUAACAUCCCCCCCAUCUUAACAGAGGGGUAGUGUGUUAAUAUAGCACUGUGCCAGGGGAUGGUCUGUUAAUAUAGCACUGUGCCAUGCCAGGGGAUGGUCUGUUAAUAUAGCACUGUGCCAGGGGAUGGUGUGUUAAUAUAGCACUGUGCCAGGGGAUGGUCUGUUAAUAUAGCACUGUGCCAGGGGAUGGUCUUUAAUAUAGCACUGCGCCAUGGGAUGGUCUUUUUAAAUAGCAGUGCCAGGGGAUGGUCUUUAAAAUUAGCACGUGCCGGGGGAGGGUCUUUUAAUAACACUGUCCCGGGGGAUGGUCGUUAAAAGCACUGGCCGGGAUGGUCGUUAAUAAGCACUGGGGCCGGGGAGGUCUUUUUAAUAUACACUUGCCAUCCGGGGAUGGUCUUUUUAAAAACCCCCCCUGUGCCUGCCGGGGGAUGGUCUUUAAUUAGCACUGUGCCGGGGGAGGGGUCUUUAAAUAUGCACGGGCCCGGGGGAGGUCUUUUAAAUAUGCACGGGCCGGGGGGAUGGCUGAAAUAGCACGUGCCGGGGGAGGGUUUUUAUAGCAUGUGCCAUCCGGGGGAUGGUCUGUUAAUAUACACUUGCCAUCCAGGGGGGGCUUUAAAGCCUGUGCCAGGGAGGGCUUUAAUAUACACGUGGCCGGGGGUGGUUUUAAAUGCACUGUGCCAGGGGAGGUCUUUUAAUUAGCACUGUGCCAUGCCAGGGGAUGGUCUGUUAAUAUAGCACUGUGCCAGGGGAUGGUCUGUUAAAUAUAGCACUGUGCCAGGGUGGUCUUUUUAAUAUAGCACGGGUGCCAGGGGAUGGUCUGUUAAUAUACACUGUGCCAGGGGAUGGUCUGUUAAUAUAUCAUAUUGAGGUGUCUGUCUCUUCUAGGUCUAAUUUUGGGUCUCUCUCUCUCUAGGUCUAUCAUUUUGAGGUGUCUGUCUCUCUCUGGGUUUCUAAUAUUGUCCUCUCUCUCUAGGUCUAUAUUGAGGUGUCUGUCUCUCUCUAGGUCUAAUAUUGUCUCUCUCUCUCUAGGUCUAUAAAUUGAGGUGCGUCUCCUCUAGGUCUAAUAUUUUCUCUCUCUCUGGGUCUAUCAUAUUGAGGUGUCUGUCCCCUCUUAGGUCUAAUAUUGUUUCCUCUCUCUGGGUCUAACAAUUGAGGUGUCUGUCUCUCUCUAGGUUUAAUAUUGUCUCUCUCUCUCUAGGUCUAUCUUUAUUGAGGGGUCUGUCUCUCUCUAGGUCUAAUAUUGUCUCUCUCUCUCUAGGUCUAUCAUAUUGAGGUGUCUGUCUCUCUCUAGGUCUAAUAUUGUCUCUCUCUCUCUAGGUCUAUCAUAUUGAGGUGUCUGUCUCUCUCUAGGUCUAAUAUUGUCUCUCUCUCUUAGGUCUAUCAUAUUGGGGUGUCGUCUCUCUCUAGGUCAAAUAUUGUCUCUCUCUCUAGGUCUAUCAUAUUGAGGUGUCUGUCUCUCCUAGGUCUAAUUGUCUCUCUCUCUCUAGGUCUAUCAUAUUGAGGUUGUCUAUCUCCUCUAGGUCUAAUAUUGUCUCUCUCUCUCUAGGUCUAUCAUAUUGAGGUGUCUGUCUCUCUCUAGGUCUAAUAUUGUCUCUCUCUCUCUAGGUCUAUCAUGUUGAGGGUCUGUCUCUCUCUGGGUCAAAUAUUGUCUCUCUCUCUCUAGGUCAUCAUAUUGGGGUGUCUGUCUCUCUCUAGUCUAAUAUUGUCUCUCUCUCUCUAGGUCUAUCAUUUGAGGUGUCUGUCUCUCUCAGGUCUAAUAUUGUCUCUCUCCUCUAGGUCUAUCAUAUUGAGGUGUCUGUCUCUCUCUAGGUCUAAUAUUGUCUCUCUCUCUCUAGGUCUAUCAUAUUGAGGGCUGUCUCUCUCUGGGUCUAAUAUUGUCUCUUCUCCUAUAGGUCUAUCAUAUUGAGGUGUCUGUCUCUCUCUAGGUCUAAUAUUGUCUCUCUCGCUCUAGGUCUAUAUAUUGAGGUGUCUGUCUCUCUCUAGGUCUAAUAUUGUCCUCCUCUCUAGGUCUAUCAUAUUGAGGUGUCUGUCUCUCUCUAGGUCUAAUAUUGUCUCUCUCUCUCUAGGUCUAUCAUAUUGAGGUGUCUGUCUCUCUCUAGGUCUAAUAUUGUCUCUCUCUCUCUAGGUCUAUCAUAUUGAGGUGUCUGUCUCUCUCUAGGUCUAAUAUUGUCUCUCUCUCUCUAGGUCUAUCAUAUUGAGGUGUCUGUCUCUCUCUAGGUCUAAUAUUGUCUCUCUCUCUCUAGGUCUAUCAUAUUGAGGCGUCUGUGUUCUCUGUUUGGAACAGUGUUUCUGCUGCGUUGCGUCACCAUGUUUGUUACCUCCCUCUCUGUACCUGGACAACACCUGCAGUGCUCCAGUAAGGUGGGGGACACACUUACACACCCAAACUACCUGGUGAUUGGUUGAUUAAAGGACAGAGUCUGGUGAUUGGUUGAUUAAAGGACAGAGUCUGAUGAUUGGUUGAUUAAAGGGCAGAGUCUGGUGAUUGGUUGAUUAAGGGCAUAGUCUGAUGACUGGUUGAUUAAAGGACAGAGUCUGAUGAUGGUUGAUUAAAGGACAGAGUCUGGUGACUGGUUGAUUAAAGGGCAGAGUCUGGUGACUGGUUGAUUAAAGGACAGAGUCUGGUGACUGGUUGAUUAAAGGACAGAGUCUGGUGACUGGUUGAUUAAAGGACAGUCUGGUGACUGGUUGAUUAAAGGACAGAGUCUGAUGAUUGGUUGAUUAAAGGACAGAGUCUGAUGAUUGGUUGAUUAAAGGGCAGAGUCUUGAUGACUGGUUGAUUAAAGGACAGAGUCUGGUGACUGGUUGAUUAAAGGGCAGAGUCUGGUGACUGGUUGAUUAAAGGGCAGAGUCUGGUGACUGGUUGAUUAAAGGACAGAGUCUGGUGACUGGUUGAUUAAAGGGCAGAGUCUGGUGACUGGUUGAUUAAAGGGCAGAGUCUGAUGAUUGGUUGAUUAAAGGACACACUGUUCAGAUCAUUGCUAACUCUUUGUGUGUGUGUGUGUGUGUGUGUGUGUGUGUUUGUGUGUGUGUGUGUGUGUGUGUGUAGAUGUAUGGUGAUACGUGGUCUAAGGUCCAGAGGGUGUUAGCUAUAUGGAGUGGCUUUGGGAUGACGCUGAAUGGAGUGGAUACCUGUGGAGAUUACAUGUUCUCUGGUCACACUGUGGUGCUCACCAUGCUCAACUUCUUCAUCACAGAGUGUGAGUCAUACUGUGUGUGUGUGUGUGUGUGUGUGUGUGUGUGUGUGUGUGUGUGUGUGUGUGUGUGUGUGUGUGUGUGUGUGUGUGUGUGUGUGUGUGUGUGUAACAAAAACAUUUGUCACAAAGUGCUGAAUAACAUCGUGACCUACUAGAGGUCAGAGAGUAAUAUUACAAUGUCUGAUUCUAUACUGUAUAUCAUGGAUAUUUCCCAUAGAUACUCCUCGUAGCUGGCACCUGAUCCAUACCAUCUCCUGGGUUCUGAAUCUGUUUGGCAUCUUCUUCAUCCUGGCGGCUCAUGAGCACUACUCCAUCGAUGUGUUCAUAGCCUUCUACAUCACCACCAGACUCUUCCUCUACUAUCACACUCUGGCCAAUACCAGGGCUUUCCAACACAGCCGCCGCGCUCGGAUUUGGUUCCCCAUGUUCUCCUUCUUCGAAUGUAACGUCAACGGCCCUGUUCAUAACCAGUACAACUGGCCCUUCAGUGGGCCCGCCUGUAUGAAGACACUCAUUGGAUAA